AUGGAGGCCCAACCCUACAGACAAACUCUGUGACGUCACAACAUCAAAUCACGGAAGUGACAUUUGAGUUGCUGUGGACUUGACUGCUACUGACAGAGCCAUUAGUGAUGCUCGGAGGAGGCUUCAAAUCAGAGAGGUUAAGAGUCAACCUCCGGCUCGUCAUCAACCGACUCAAACACCUCGAGAACAAGAAAACUGAGCUCGCGCAAAAGGCUCGCAAGGAGAUUGCGGACUACUUGGCGUCGGGAAAAGAUGAGCGGGCGCGGAUCCGUGUGGAGCACAUCAUCAGGGAGGACUACUUGGUGGAAGCCAUGGAGAUCCUGGAGCUUUACUGUGACUUGCUACUGGCACGUUUCGGCCUCAUUCAGUCUAUGAAGGAACUGGAUCCAGGCUUACAGGAGGCCGUGUCCACCCUCAUCUGGGCUGCCCAUCGCCUCCAGACGGAGGUGACUGAAUUAAAGAUCGUAUCAGACCAGUUGUGUGCCAAGUAUAGCAAGGAAUACGGCAAGCUGUGCAGGUCAAACCAGAUUGGAACCGUCAAUGAAAGGCUGAUGCACAAACUCAAUGUGGAGGCCCCUCCCAAGAUCUUGGUGGAGCGCUACCUGAUCGAGAUUGCCAAGAACUACAACGUACCCUAUGAACCUGACGCCAUGGUCCGGCCUGAGGUGAAUCAUGGAGAAAACACAGACCUCAUUGAUGUGAACAGCCACAAAAAAUCAGGAGGAGGUGGAGGAGGGUUUACUGCUCCUGCCGUGCCCAUGCCCAUGCCUAGGACCACACCUUUCAACUACCCACCUCCCAAAGGAGCGGAACCAUUCAAUCCGGCCAUUGGAUUCAACUUCCCGCACGCCAUGGAAGGAGGGCAACCCCCUCAGCUGCCCACUUCUCCCCCCACAUACGAGUCUAUUGAUGACCUCACUGACAAUAACUCUCUUCCUUCCCAGAGCACAGGUCCCUCGACCCAAAUAGACGACUGCGCUCUCCCGGAACUUCCUUCUGUCCCCGACACGCUCCCGACCACCUCCUUCGGCGGAAACGCCACCACGUCGGAUGACAUCGACUUUGACGAUUUGACACGACGCUUUGAAGAGCUGAAGAAGAAGACUUAAAGACCCCAACGCACGGGCCGCCGUUCUCGUCUGUAGGAAGUAAAACUCGGCUCCGAGUUUGAUCGAUACAUAUACAGUAUAUACAUAUAUGAACCAAUACAUUUACUCUUACCUCAUAUUUAAUAAUAUGGACAAAUUUCUGAGGUUAUAUGAUUGCUCACACUUGUAAUCAUCUGUUAUUUCCGGAUUUUUUUUCCCGUUAUUUGCUAAUCUAUCUAAUAACCAAAAAAAAAAAAUCAUGCCUUGAUUAUUUGCACGGGUUGUAACUCUUAUCUGGAUCAUCUUCAUAAUUCUUCAUUUCUCACCAGAGGCCUUGCCAGUCUGUGCUGCAUUCACUGUCCAUCAAGACUGGAUACAUGUUUUCAAAUUUGUACAUUUUACCCGUGAACAAUCGUCAAAACAAAAAGGUUUAUACACAUUUAACUGUCACACGCUACAUGCAUACAGAUAGAUAAAGAUACGUUAUUUGUAAUAAAUUAGUCUAACCGAUAAAGUGAAACUAGAUCACCGCGAAUCACGACUCUUACCUUAUUAACCCUAACCACACCCAGCUCUGCUUGCAUGGCUACUGGCCUAGCCUUGGAAGUACAGUAUUUCAGUGGUAGAACUGCUCCCCUUACUACUUUUCUGUGUUGGACUAUUAGGUGUUUUGCUUGUAUAAUAGAAUUAAUAAAGUCUAUUUGGAAUUGCG